AUGGCCUCCUCCUCAAUAGCCAAGAACCUCGCCCAGCUGAACUCCAUGCGGGAGAUUCACGGCGUAGUCGUCACCGCAGGGCUGAUCGACAAGACGGUCAAAGUGCGCGUGGGAGGGCUAAAGUGGAACAACUUCCUCAAGAAGCACUUCGACGACCCGAAAACCUAUCUCGUCCACGACCCCGCCAACUCCCUCCGCCAGGGCGACGUCGUCGCCAUCAGCCCCGGCUGGCGCACCUCCAAGUCCAAGCGCCACGUAGUCAAGCACAUCAUCGCCCCCGGCGCCGGCCUCCCCAUCUCGGCCCGCCCCCCAAUCCCCUCCGCCGAAGAGCUCGUGAGGCAAAGGGUGGUCAAGAAAGAAGCAAAGGAGGCGAGGAAGAGCCUGAAGGACGUCGCCGAAAAGACGGAGAGGUCUCUGCAGUUUGUAAAGGCGGAAGCUGCCGAGGUGGAGAAGGAGCUGAAGACGCUGACGUUGAUCCUCGAGUCGAGGACGAAGAAGAAGUACGGGUGGUUGUCCAAGCAAACGCAAUGAAAAUAAAAAGACUUGGGGUUAUUGUUAGGGAGUGGGGUGGGUGCAUCGGAUAGUAGGCAUUGGGAGACGGAGGCUGGGUUUUGGGCUCUGUCAAAAAGGUGUACGAUUUCAGGAAGAAACAUGAAUGGUUCAUGUGCAUGUGUACAUAUAUACAAUAUUGGGUGGAGGUUUGUAGCAUCAAGAUAUACCAAAGAGUGGAAGUACUAGGCAUCAGAAACAUGACAAAG